AUGUUCGACGAUCUGUUCAACGCGUCGAAAGGCAGCGAGACGAGCUCGAAAGCUCGUGCACCGAACCCGUGGCCAGCUCCCAGAAAUGUGAAAAGCUUGAAAGUGCCCGGAGGAGUAUGCGGAUGCGACGGAGGCACUGGUGGACCCGGAGAGAGGCACGGAAAAUCGGGAAUCAGCUCCGACGGCAGUUAUUUCGACGAUGGAGUCGGAUUCCUUGAGAGUCAGUCUGGAAAGUUCGCAGAUUCGUUGAAAGAAGACCCGAUUUUCAGAGCUGCAGCAAAUUGAGAAAGAACGUGGCCAGUUGACUCCGGAUAAUCAACACCUAGCCCUAUUAUUAUGUGCAAAUUCGCCGACGCCGUCUAUGAAACGUCUGGAAUCUCGGUCGUCGAGAACUCAGCGACUAUCCAGAAAACUCACGUGUGCCAAUUGUUCCGAAUUAGGUCACCUCUCCAACGAAUGUUCUGCAACGCCAAAGAGUUCGUUGGGUAAAGAAAGGCUCUCUCUUGAUCACGGUCAGUUUUUAUUUUAGGAUUCAUAGAAUCCUUUUCUAUUUUCAGACAAGCAAACUAUGGAGAGUAGCAAGUCGUACUACAGUGCAUAUGCGUACGGAAGCAACAGCCUAGAGAAAGUUCUGAAGCUGUCGCCGGACACUCCGUCGCCACGUGGAUUAACAAGAGAUCGAGGCGCCAGACACAAUUUCCUGACACUGAAGACAACGCCGGAGGCCAAGAAGCCGUUGGCGCAGCAGAAGAGACCAGCGACGCCGGCACCUAAAAGACCUUCAAUUUUUACAUUUCCAGUCAGUGCAAGCCAAAGAGGUAAAACUGAAACUUCAUCUUCUGGACUAUUUUCAUGUUUUUCUUUCAGAAAGUAUAGAAACUAUGAAAAUCGAAACGCGUCACACAGUGAUUCUUGAUGGCGACAUUCAUUUCGAGGAGACGAGCACGAUUCAGUUCCCGAAGAAUCUUCCGCCCAACGUGCACGUCAUCACAGCUCAGUUCGUGCCGACUCAAGUGGCCAGAACUUAA